AAGAAGAAGAAGAAGCACCUCCCAUUCAACAUGGCGACGUAGAGGGACGUCCACGCUUGUUUGUUGACAUUUAUUUAAAAACUAUAAUUAAAGCCGCACUAGUAGAUUCACAGCUUGUACAACUAUGUCGAGACUCAUCGUUAAAAACCUCCCUAACGGGAUGAAGGAGGAGAGGUUCAGGUCCAUGUUCGCUGCCUUCGGCACGGUGACAGACUGCACUCUGAAGUUCACAAAAGACGGCAAGUUCCGCAAGUUCGGCUUUGUGGGUUUUAAAGCCGAAGAAGACGCGACCAGAGCCCUGAAGCAUUUCAACAAGAGCUUCGUGGACACAUCCAGAGUGACGGUGGAGAUGUGUAAAGCGUUUGGAGACCCCACUAAAGCCAGAGCCUGGAGUAAACACACUCAGAGCUCAGGACAGGACAAACCCUCUGCUCCUGUUGACACUGAGGGGAAAAAGAAAAAGAAACAGAAAAAGGAAACCAACAGUGCACUGGGAAAUCUGGAGGAAGAACAGGAAUUCAAGGAGUUUCUGUCAGUGCAUCAGAAUCGAAGCCAAGCACAGACCUGGGCGAAUGACACUGAUCCUGACAGUGGACGGGCAAAGACUCAGAGCAAGAAGAAACCUGCUUCAGAUGAUUACCUCAACUUUGAUUCAGACCAGUCAGAGGAAGAGGAUGAGGUUGAGGAAGAAGAAUGUGAUGAGGAUGAAGGUGAAGGUGCAGCUAAAGAAGCAGCUGGCUUGUCAGAUAUGGACUACCUGCGCUCAAAGGUGACACGAACAGAGGACAUGAUGGAGGAGAGUGAAGAGAAAGACGAUGGUGACGAUGAAGAAGAGGAUGAUGCACCUGUGCAGCACACAGACAGCGCCUACGAGAGUGGUGACAGAGAAAACGUCUCAAAGACCAAAACUGCAGUUUCCUCUGAGGAUAUGAAAGUGAAGAAAACUGCCAAGCAGGAGAUGGAGCCGACGACAGAGUUCACAGUGAAGCUCAGAGGAGCUCCAUUCAAUGUUAAAGAGCAACAAAUUCGAGAGUUCAUGACCCCACUGAAGCCUGCAGCAAUCCGGAUUGGAAAGAACGAAAGCGGAAAUAGAACAGGUUAUGUAUAUGUGGACUUGCGUUCUGAAGAAGAGGUGCAAAAGGCCUUGAAGAAGAAUAAAGACUACAUAGGAGGGCGUUACAUUGAGGUCUUCAGUGUGGAUGUCUCUGGGGGUAAAGGCAAGAGGGACAGAAAGGACAAAGAAAUUGACAGAAACUUCACCAGGAAACUCAAAGAGGAUGAGGAGGAGGAAGAUGUUUCUGAGUCGGGUCGACUCUUCGUCAGAAACCUUCCCUACACCUGCACAGAGGAAGAUAUCAAAGAGCUGUUUGCUAAACACGGUCCUUUAUCGGAGGUGCUCUUCCCUAUUGACAAUCUAACCAAGAAACCUAAAGGCUUCGCUUUUGUAACCUACAUGAUACCAGAGAAUGCUGUGUCAGCUCUCGCUCAGCUGGACGGACAUGUUUUUCAGGGUAGAAUGCUUCACCUCCUUCCCUCCACAGUGAAGAAGGAAAAGGCUGAAUCCUCGGAUGCUGGUGGUCCUGGCUCGUCGACUUACAAACGGCAAAAAGAUGCUAAAAAUAAAGCUUCAAGUUCCAGCUCACAUAACUGGAACACCCUGUUUCUGGGUACAAGUGCAGUGGCAGACGCCAUUGCUGAAAAAUACAACACCACCAAAAGCCAAGUCCUCGACCAUGAGUCAAAGGGAAGCGUUGCAGUGAGGAUGGCUCUGGGAGAGACACAGAUUGUCCAGGAGACUCGACAGUUCCUGCUGGACAACAGUGUCAGUCUGGAUUCCUUCAGUCAGGCAGCAGCAGCAAGAAGCACAACUGUGAUCCUGGUGAAAAACCUUCCGGCUGGAGUGACGGUGUCGGAGCUCGAACAGCUCUUCUCACCUCAUGGGUCUUUGGGCCGAGUGCUGCUGCCACCUUCAGGACUCACCGCCAUCAUCGAGUUCUUAGAGCCAAGUGAAGCAAAACGAGCCUUCACGAGGCUGGCAUACAGCAAGUUCCAUCACGUCCCGUUAUAUUUGGAGUGGGCACCUGUCGGAGUGUUUGUGGCAGCCAAACCAGAACCAGUAUUAGACAAAGAGGAGGCAGUGAAAGAGGAGAAGAAGAAGGAAGAGGAGGAGGAGGACGAUGAAGAAGAGGAGGAGGAAUCUGCUCCAGGUUCUACACUUUUCAUUAAGAAUCUAAAUUUCAGCACAAAGGAGGAUAAACUACAGGAGACAUUCUCCAAAUGUGGCAAAGUCACUUCCUGUACCAUCUCCAAGAAAAAAGAUAAAACAGGUAAAAUGCUGUCCAUGGGAUACGGUUUUGUCCAGUAUCAGACAGCAGAGGCAGCACAGAAGGCUCUGAGGCAGCUGCAGCACUGUACUGUGGAUGAUCACCAGCUAGAGCUGAAGAUAUCUGAGAAAGCCACAAGAACAACUGAAGUGACACGCAAGAAGAAGCAAGCUGAGAAGAAGCAGACAGGAUCUAAGAUCCUCGUGCGCAAUGUACCCUUCCAGGCCAGUGUCAGGGAAGUUCGAGAACUCUUCUGUACAUUUGGAGAGCUGAAGACUGUCCGUCUUCCAAAGAAAGCAGCUGGUUCAGGGAAACACAGAGGCUUUGGUUUUGUUGAUUUCCUCACCAAACAGGAUGCUAAGAAAGCUUUUGCUGCCCUGUGCCACAGCACACAUUUAUAUGGGAGACGUCUUGUGCUGGAGUGGGCUGAUGCUGAGGAAACUGUGGAGACACUGAGACGGAAAACAGCAGAACAUUUUCAUGUGUCUGCCAAAAAGCUGCGAAAAGCAGAAGUUUUGGAAGGAAUUCUGGAGACGAUGGAAACUGAAGGAGCUGUGGAAGACUGAGGUCUCUAAAUGCUGUGGUGCUUCCUGAAAACCUAAUCACAACCCUGACCAGUGAUCCUGCGUUGUUCUCUGUCAACAAGGCUGUGAACAAAAUAUGGACCUGAAGGGCAUCUGCUGGAGUAGAAAAAUUACCAGUGUAUUAGCAGGUCCUAGUUUUCCUCUGAAUUUCCUACAUCACAUGUUUUGUAUAGAAACCAUACGUCAAAGAGACAUGAUGGGACUGUUGUCAAUUUUUAUAUAAAGAUUUAUUUCAUUGUUUCAAA